ACACACACUCUAACGCUCAUACACACACACACACACAUGCACACUCAGGCACGCGCCUCCCGCCAGAAGAGAGAGGCUGGCUGAUUAGCUUGCGAGAGCCGUCUACAGCAUCCGGGGAGACGCAGGCGCAGGAGCGAGAGCGGUGAGAGCGGCGAGGCGCGAGAGCGAGAGUGAGGCAGUGCAGAGCCUGAUCGCUCGCCGUCACCAGACGCCUCCCCGGGUGGAUUAGAGCCUGCAUACGGUGGCUCCGGACGGACGGAAGGACGGGGGGCUGCAGGCAGGGCUCCUCGCCGGAGAGGGAAUUGCUGCAGACUGUGGGAACAGUGGCUGGGCCCGGUGUGGAGCUCCGGCGUGGGGGAGGGGCAGCAGACCCACGGAGAGACGAGUGAAAGACAGACUGUUUUUCAAGACCUCCUGAACGCCUGACUGUCUGGAGGCGUUCAGAUUAGGCCCCCUGCCCUCCUUCAGCAUCCUUCAGCUUCCUUCUGCAUCCUUCGUUCCCUUGCAUCUUGCGUCUGUCGCCUGCUGUAUAUGUGUCUGUUUUCUGUGUUCUGUGGAUUCAGUGUCCCUGUUAGGACCUGAGCGUCUGUCUUGUGUUGUUUUUUUUUGUCCAUCACUCUCUGUUCUCUUCUUCGUCUUCUUCUUCUUCAGUGUCUCUCGCCUCCCUCAGUGUCUCUGUGCCCUUCAGAUGAGACAGUCCCCUCAUCCUCUUUCUCGGGAGUUCUCCAUCUUUGUCCACUCCGUCCUCUCCCAUCCCGUCCCUCCCUACUGGAUUCAGGUCAGCCUCAGUGUUUUGCUAGCCCCUCUCUCUGGGGACGAGAUGUAGCCCCCACGGCCCCCAGCGGUUCCAGGCGCCUCCUGGAAGGCGAGCCGUUUGCGUUUGCAGGACGGCCCUCUUUAUCGGACGCUCUCGAUCGUUUGUUUUGCUGAAAAGGGGAUGUUAUACAUCUUUACUGUGGAACCUGAACUUCUCUAAGAACUCUUAAGGACUUUAAAUGUGCCAAUUAGUCGCUGGAUGACGAGGCGACUAUGGAAAAGAGGAAAGUUAUGAGUUAAGAGUCACCUAUCGUUCUGGAUAUUUUCCUGGAUGUUAAUAGAGCUCUAUAAUGCUCUAUAGUGUUCCUACAGUAAACAGGGUCAAUCCUUUCCAUGACAAACUGCAAUACACUACAGGAAGUGUUGGGGGCAGUAUGGCUUCUAUGUUUUAUGUUCUGUUGCAAUAUCCAAACAGUCAAAGAAGUCAAAGACGUCAAAGAAGUCAAAGGAAUCUCGUCAGUCAUCGUCAGUCGUUCGGACGCAACCGUGACUGAUGGAGGCGGAAAACGCAGAAGAACUGAAAGCAGAAGAGGCGUAGAGCGAUUUGAUCAUUGAAUCGUUUUCCAACGAUAGUCGAUUCAACCCAAACAUCACCACAGACUGUUCCCGCCCCCCCGGGCUAUAGUCGCUGCCGCUCUGGAGCGGCCCGGCCGGUCCGGCUGCGGCCUCAGCGCCCACGCCCUGACCGCGCCCGCAUGCCGCUGGGGUGCCCGCGCUGCUCCGUCGGCACCGCUGCACUACCGCGCCUCCUGCCUUUGCCAGCGGUCCUCGCCGUCCUCCGUCUCGCUCAGGAUGGGCGUGGUGGAGGCCCUGGAGCCCGUCGCCUCGCCCCGUCGCCACUCGUCCGCCUCCAGCACCUACCGGCUGCCCCCUUCCUCCAGCUACAGCAGCCUGCAGGGGAGGGCCGGGGCGGAGCUGGAGCUGGGGGACACCGCUGCGGGUGGAGUUCUGGAGGGUGGAGGACAGGCCACCGAGCGCAGGACGCCAUUGGUGGACCUGUUCUGUGAGACCUGUUCCAAACCGUGGCUCAUUGGCUGGUGGGACCAGUUUAAGAGGAUGCUGAACAGGGAGCUAUCUCACCUGUCGGAGAUGAGCCGAUCAGGGAACCAGGUGUCUGAGUACAUCUCCACUACCUUCCUAGAUAAGCAGAACGAGGUGGAGAUCCCGUCUCCGACGCUGCGGGAGCGCGAGAAGCCCAUGUGCCACAUCAGCGGUGUGAAGAAGCUGACCCACAGCUCCAGCCUGACCAGCGCCGCCCUGCCACGCUUCGGCAUCAAGACCGAGCAAGAGGACGCACUCGCCAGGGAGCUGAACGACUUGAAUAAGUGGGGCCUUAAUAUCUUCCAAGUGGCUGAGUUUUCCAAUAACAGACCUCUGAGCUGUAUAAUGUUCGCCAUCUUCCAGGAGAGGGAUCUGCUGAAGACGUUCCGGAUCCCAGUGGACACGUUUAUCACGUACGUGAUGACGCUGGAGGAUCACUACCACGCCAACGUGGCCUAUCACAACAGCCUGCACGCGGCCGACGUCACGCAGUCCACGCACGUGCUGCUGUCCACGCCCGCUCUGGACGCCGUCUUCACCGACCUGGAGAUUCUGGCUGCACUGUUCGCUGCUGCCAUUCAUGAUGUGGAUCAUCCUGGAGUCUCCAACCAGUUCCUAAUCAAUACCAAUUCUGAACUGGCUCUGAUGUACAACGAUGAGUCAGUACUGGAGAACCAUCACCUGGCCGUGGGCUUCAAACUGCUCCACGAGGAGAACUGUGAUAUCUUCCAGAACCUCACCAAGAGACAGCGGCAGAGCCUCCGCAAGCUCGUCAUCGACAUGGUCCUGGCGACGGACAUGUCGAAGCACAUGAGUUUACUGGCGGAUCUGAAGACGAUGGUGGAGACUAAGAAGGUGACCAGCUCAGGAGUUCUGCUCCUGGAUCACUACACUGACCGUAUACAGGUUCUGAGAAACAUGGUGCACUGUGCUGACCUCAGCAACCCAACCAAGCCUCUAGCAGUGUACCGGCAGUGGACGGAGCGCAUCAUGGAGGAGUUCUUCAGGCAGGGAGACAAGGAGCGUGAGCGAGGGAUGGAGAUCAGCCCCAUGUGUGACAAACACACUGCAUCGGUGGAGAAAAGCCAGGUGGGCUUCAUUGACUACAUCGUGCAUCCCUUGUGGGAGACGUGGGGUGACCUGGUGCACCCCGAUGCUCAGGACAUUCUAGAUACACUGGAGGACAACAGGGACUGGUACCAGAGCACCAUCCCCCAGAGCCCCUCUCCUCCUCCAAUACCCGACAACGAGCUCGACUCCUGCAUAGACAAGUUCCAGUUCGAGCUCACGCUGGAGGGCGAGCCGACCCAGGAGGACGAGGGGUCCAACCACAAUCACGUCGGAGAUCCCUUACAGGAGGAGCGGCAGUCGGGGGCGGACCCCGGGGGAGGCGGGGAGGACGUGGACGGAGAGGACGUGGCCGUGGAGAGGGUGGGGAGGAGACGACUGCAGGUUCAGUCGGUGGUGGAGGAGGAGGACGAGGAGAGACAUUCAGAUGGGAGUCCCGUGGAGGAGGCAGAGGACGACGAGGACUCGUCCUCUCCCGCGGACGAUACGUGAGUCUCGGCGACCGCCCGGCUCGUCCCGGAGGAGCACAGAACACAGGACAUCCUGUGUGAGAACUGUCUCUGUCCCUUACCCCUUAUCUGUCCCGUCCACUCCCCAGGUCUGAUGGGCAAGCCAUGAACAAAACAAUACUUCUGAACCAACUCAAUAAAUAAGACUUUGCUCUUUUAUUUUACGAGAAAAAGGGAACAAAAUAAUAUUGCUAUCAGAUAAGAAACUAACACAGCAACUGUAGAUUUGGAACGGGUGCUGGGGCCCUUCCAGAAGAAGGUAAGAGGUUUUAUGCAGAGGAAAACUAAAAAAAAAGAGUUUUUUAAGGGAUCUUAAAAUUGGCCAUUUAGUCGGUGUAGCACUCUGGAACUUCAACACAUACACAUACACAUAGAUACAUACAUACACACACACACGGACAUGAAUAAUACUCAUACAUACCACACAAAGCAGGUUAAUCAGUUGUGAUUACGAUUACGAUUACAACGGUAAAGUUAAGCUUAAGCGUAAACGUAAACUUAAACACAAACGUACCUAUACAAGAUAUAUAUCUCCGCACACACACCAGGAUGUGUAUCUGUGUAUGUGUUUAUGGGGGGGCUUGGAGUCGGAAGGGACGAAACUCUUUGGAAAAAGCCAUCACAAAAGGAGUACCAACUAGUAUCCGUGUCAAUAGUCGACUCAACAGUUUUUUUUACACGAUCUUAACAGGGACUGAAAUCCUCCUCAGAUAUCAUAUGAUUAAUUCAAUCAGAGUGACUCGUUUUCCAUUUCUGUCGGAAAGAAAACAGUACGGACCCCGCUGCAGGAUAACCCGAGCUCAGCCUGGUCUGGCUACGGAGGAAAGGAAAGACUUUGAAGCGGUUAAAGCAAUUAAAGAGAUUGAAACGAUUGAAGCAAUUGAAGCGAUUGAAGAGACUGAAGCAGUCGAUCAGCUGGACCUGCAGCGGAGGUCCGGGCCCCUCAUUUCCCUUUACCUGGAGUGCUACCGGUGCAAGAUGGCCACGUGCCUUUCUGAACCACCAGCUUCAGCUCUGGAGCUGUCGUGAAGCAAUGCAUCGUGGGACAGGAGUGUCUGCUUUUGUCUUCAUUUCUUGAUUGUCACACGUUACCAGACCUCUCUAAUCUCUCUAUCUUUAUCUCUAUCUCUCUAUCGCUCUAUCUCUCGCUGUCGUGCAUGGUACACGUGUGUAUGUCGGGAGCAUCCACUUUGUCUCGUUUAAAGUAAAGUCUUCCUUGGUUGUUUCUGCACAUGCGUUGAGCAUCUGGGGGACUUUAAAUUACGGGACUCACCAUGGAUGUUUUUGCUUGUGGACUGAUGUCUCCUGUCACCUUUCAUGCAACUGAGGAUAGUCACUUUUUUAAGGAUAAGCCAUCUGAUGCUUUGGAAUUUAUUACAUUUGUUUUGCCUUCUUUGAAAUAACAGUUCUACCCAGUCCUGUGAAAAACGGCGGAAGUUCAUUUCAAUAGCAGCACAGAUUCACACUCUCGUGCUCUCACCUUCACCCACUCGCGUAAGAGAAGCAGCCAUGCUCCAUUCCAACCAAUAAUACUCUUUGUUGUGUCUUGCCAAAGGAACGAGUGGAAAACUGCAGGAAUUGCAGAGCGUUAGAGAACGGAUAGCUAAUAUGUUGGAGGAGUUUGAGGAGUGAGGUGUGUGAUUGGUGGAGAGGAGUCAGAGGAGUGGGUGGUGUGGACCAAUCAAACUGAGCACAGGGAGUCACAUCCAGCCAUUAUUGAGUUUGAUGCUUUUUUGCCUUAACACUGCAGGGUUUUUGUAUCCGUCGCUACGUUGACGGAUGAGACGCUCAUGAACGAUCCCAGAGUAUUUGUGUUCUGUCUGUUCGCCUUUGCUUUUCGUCUGUUUAGAUUCCUAGAUGCAGCAUCCUUACUGCCCGUCUUGAUACACGACGUUGUCAACAUCGUCAUCAUUAUCGUCAUCCGCACACUCCUGAAACAUAUACACCAGGACAGUGUGCCUCGUCAAUCGCACUCCUUUGCACUCUUUCCAUUAGAUCUCACACUGCUGUUGAGAGUAGUAUCGUUCACGGUUAUCGUUGCGCAGCUGUCUUUUCACAAAUGCCAAUAACAGGAUGAGAGGACAGUGUUUAUGUUCAGCAGGUCUCGUCUAUAGUUCUGCCUACACUAAAAUAAUGGCUUGUUUGUGUGUCUCUGAAUGUAGUAGCUGACAGGGCGGGUAAAAUCGUAAGUAUAUAUUUUCCGGAGUGAAAUAAUAAUCCUCUAUAGAUUUGGUCACAAGCUGGUCUCUGCUGGUCAGUAGCUUAGCUUCAAGUCUGCCUGUUCAGUACACACAUUUGGUGAAAUUUGGAAGGGUGAGUGUGAAAUGUGAGUGUGAUAUGAGUGUGAUCAGAUCAGGUGUGGUUUGGCUGUUUGGCAGUGGAGCUCUAACCCAAGGUUACUUGCGUCUAGAUGACUAAUUACGCCGUGACCCAGGGUUACUUGAUAGAGCAUCUAUGGAUGGUGGAUGGUAGGACUACUGUAUAAUCCAAGAUUGCAUUAGAUGUCUAGUCGAUGGACGACUGAGCUGUAACCCAAGGUUACUUGAUUGGGCAUCUUCAAUUGGUGGGUAGUUGGGUUUAAUUGCAAGGAUAAUUGACUAGGUGACUAGUGGGUGGAAAGAAGAGCUUUAACCCAAGGUCACUUGAUUCGACGCCUAUUUAGUGGGUGGUCAGGCAGAAAACCAAGACCACUUGACCAAGAUUUUACUGGUAGAUGGAGCACAAGGUUACCUGAUUGGAUGUCUAGUCAAUAGAAGAUAUAGCUGUAACCAAGAGUUAUUAGAGUGGUCAUCUAAUUGGUAGAUGGCUGGGUUGCAACCCAAAGAUACAUGAUUGGCUGCCUAAUUAGUGAAAGGUGGGGCUAAAAACCUAGAUAACCUGAUUAGAUGUCUAGUCAAUGGAUGACAAAGCUGUAGCCCAAGGUCACUUGAUUGCGCACCUAAUUGGUGCAUGGUCAGUCAGAAAGCCAAGACCGAUUGACCAAGAGUUACUAGAGUGGGCAUCCAAUUGGUGGGUGGUUGAUUUGCAACUCAGAGCUACAUGAUUGGCUGUCUAACUGGUGAAAAGUAGAGCUAAAAAACUAGAUUACCUGAUUAGAUGUCUAGUCGAUGGAUGGCUGAGCUGUAACCCAAGGUUACUUAAUUGGGGAUCUACAAUUGGUGGGUAGUUGGGUUUUAUUGCAAGGAUAAUUGACUGGGUAACUAAUUGGUGGAUAGCAGAGCUUUAACCCAAGGUUACUUGAUUGGACACCUAAUUAGUGGAUGGUCAGAAAGAAAGCCAAGACCGGUUGACCAAUAGUUACUAGAGUGGGCAUCUAAUUGGUAGAUAGCUAGGUUGCAACCCAAAGCUAAAUGACUGGCUGAAGAAAAGUAGAGCUGCAAUCCAAGAUUACCUGAUUAGAUGUCUAGUCGAUGGAUGGCUGAGCUGUAACCCAAGGUUACUUGAUUGGGCAUCUUCAAUUGGUGGGUAGUUGGGUUUAAUUGCAAGGAUAAUUGACUAGGUGGCUAAUGGGUGGAUAGAAGAGCUUUAACCCAAGGUCACUUGAUUGGUCACUUAAUUUUGCUGGUAGAUGGUAAAGCACAAGGUUACCUGAUUGGAUGUCUA